AUGCAGACCAUCGUCCCAGAUAUACCUGGGACGCCAGUAACGAAUCCUUUGCAGCUGCAAUUUUUGCGCGAUCAUGUCUGUCACAUUUGUAAUCAGAGAUCACCGCGAUACCCAGGAACUCAGCCUGUUUCUUUUACCAAGUCAUGCUUAAAUCGAUUACUUACCGAGGACUUUUGGGUCUGUGAAAAGUCUGACGGUCAGCGCGUGCUUGUUUUGAUUGUGGUGCGCCCAGUUACGGGCAUACAAGAAGUUUUUCUAAUCGAUCGCAAAAAUAUGUACUACCAAGUCCACGGCAUAUUUUUUCCUCCGCUGUCAUCAUCUUCGCAAUCUCCCCUAACCAACACCAUUCUCGAUGGCGAACUUGUCGUCGACACGCUAGCCGAAGGCCAGACCAUGCUGCGCCUCUUGUUGUUUGAUUGUCUUGUUAUGGACGGUGUUAAUAUCACUCAACGACCAUUCAGCCGUCGUUAUGCGAGCUUGAUGCUGCAGUUACUUCCUUCCCUCCAGAAUUAUUUAAAGUUUUAUCCUGACGCUCGAAUGAUGCACCCCUUUGAAAUACAAGUAAAACAUAUGGAUUUAGCUCACGGGAUACAAAUGAUAUUGGAGGAGAAAAUUCCGCAACUUUUGCAUGGUAAUGAUGGCCUCAUUUUUACAAGUUUAGAGAGCAAGUAUGUGUAUGGUUCCAACACAAAGAUUUUAAAAUGGAAGCCUCCGCAAGAAAAUACGAUCGAUUUUCAGCUCCAACUUCGAUUCCCUCCUGACUUGAAGGCGGAUGCGAGUGGUGCCACGCCCGACUUCCGCGCUAAGCCAACUUUCCAGCUUUGGCAGCAUGAAAGCGGUGAUACACAUGUUCCUUUUGAUUACUUGGAUAUGGAUGAUGAAGAGUGGGAAAAAUGGAAACAAUCUGGUGAGCAGCUUGAUGACCGUAUCGUGGAGUGUGCUUGGUAUCCGCCUUCCCCUGACAACUCGUCUCUUGCCACUUGGCACAUCAAGCGUAUACGGGAUGACAAGACGACGGCAAAUCACAAGACGACCGUUUCUAGGAUCCUGCAGAGUAUCAGAGACGGCGUGUCUGAAGAAGAGCUCGUACAAAUGGUACCAUCCAUCCGCACAGCAUGGAAAUCGCCGCAACGAGAACUUCAUCGAAAUGAGCUGUUCAGAUCAGCGCCCGCCAAUAAUCGCCCGCCACGAUACAAAGGAACCGGUGGCCCCCCGGGUCCACAGCACAGGGGAGGGUUUCCGCGUUGCAAGCGGUAG